CAGCGCAGCCGACUCCGCGCUGCCAGCACAAACAACCGCGAGCGCUUCCCUCUCAUGGGUUCCGAGUGGGUCGCCCUGAACCACUUCGUCGAGCGCUGCAACUGGCGGCUCCUCUUCAGCCUCAACGCUCACCGGCUCGAGGACGUCGAGCCUUCGUCUCCCGUCUUCGGCCGCUGGGACCUUCGAGACGCCGCUCUGCUCAUGCGCUUCAGCGAGCGCCACAACCUCACCUCGAGGCUCAUGUGGCAGCUGGGCGAGGCCACGGCCGAGAACUGGCCCGGCCCCGGUCCCAGCCCUUACGCGCUCGCUUGCGAGUACGAGGCGCUCCGCGACCUGGUCUCCUUCUACCCGGCACCCUUGGUUGGGCCCGGCGUGUCGACCCUGCGCAGUCCCGGGCUGCGCUACCUGGAGCGCUUCAUCAAGGGCCGCGGCCGGUUCGUCGACGUGGUGUCCCUGAGGCAUGUCCUUCACGACGCCUCCAACGUCACCGUCAAGGACCUCCUGGACCCCGCCGUCAUAGAACGCUUCGACUCCCAGCUGCAGAGCGUGCAGGCCCUGGUCGAAACGGCGGCGCCCCGGAUCACGAGGAUCUGGCUGACGUCCCUGUCCACGACGCCCGGUUUCGUCGACGGCGUCUCGGGAACGUUCGCCGCCAUGCUGGCCUGGACCGAGGCCUUCGGCGCGGCCUCCAAGAGGGGCGUGGCCGCGGUGCUGCGCGACUCGCUUCUCGGAGCCACGGCCGAAUCCUUGAUCGUGGCAAAGGACCAAACCGGCGAAGGAGUCAAGCCGACGGCCGACUACUGGGUGACGCUCCUGCUGGCCAAACACGUGGGCCAGAAGGUGCUGACCAUCGAAGAGCCGAAGCUCAAGGACCCGGCCACUCGAAUCUACGUCCACUGCGCCCGCAACUAUCCGGGCGGGCUGGCCUUCUACGGCGUCCGCCUCGCCGACACGGGUGCCAAGUUGAAGAAAACUGGAUCGCGGAGGCUGUGGGAGAAUCAGCUGCGCUGGAUUCUCACGCCGGCCUCGGAUCUCGAAGGCUCCGAAGUGCACCUGAAUGGCGAGCCGCUGUCCUGGUCCGGCGGUGACGGAACAAAUCCCCCAGACCCUAAGCCAGAAGAACUGCGGUACACCAUUAUCAGUCUGCCAGCUUGGUCGAUGGGUUUGUUCGUGUUUCCCAAUGUCAAAGCGAAGGCCUGCUACGGUGACUGGACCCCCUAAAUUCGUUUGUACCUGCCCAGAAAAGGAGCCGUAGAAAACCCCGCCUGUUUUAAGGAAUUAGAAGUUGUGACAAACCUGACUCAAACAGCAUGAUUUUAAGCUAGCUCCAAGAAAGAUAACGAGCUAUUGUCUUGUGCGCCGCUGUCUAUUGAUUCUCAAGAAACAUUACGUAUAGUUUAGACGCGCUGUUUCAUACCAUUUUGUAAUCUUAUCACAUUGUCUUCGUAUUUUCUACCGGCGCCUAUACAAAAGCGCAUCUGCUUGUGAUGUUGCAUUUCCAUCUUCGAUGAGUCGCGCAUAAUGCAUGCUGUAAUCAAGUAAGGCGUGCAAGUAUAUCCGUCAAGAUGGCUACCCUCAGUGUUAUCUUGAUCAAAAUAUGAACAUUGACUCACGAAAUAUAUUCGAGUUUCUUCUGGCGCAUUGGU